AUGAAGGCGGACCCAACGAACGCGGACCCAACGAACGCGGACAGGGCCGAGAUCGAGCGGUUGAACGCGGUCGCCGCCGACGGCGCCGAGGCGCUGCUCGGCGCCCUGGUCGAGCGCCACGGCCGCGCGGUGAAGCUGGCGUCCUCGCUGGGUGCCGAGGACCAGGUGCUGAGCCACAUGCUGCUCGGCAUCGACCCGCGGGCAUCCAUCUUCGUGCUGGACACCGGACGCCUGCACCAGGAGACCUACGAUCUGAUGGCGCGCAUGAUGAGCCGCUACCGGAUGCACUACGAGGUGCUGUUUCCCUCAGCCGGCGCGGUCCAGGAGAUGGUGCGCGACGCCGGUCCCAACCUGUUCUAUGCCAGCGUGGAGGACCGGCACCGCUGCUGCGGGGUCCGCAAGGUGGAGCCGCUGCGCCGCGCGCUCGGCGGGGCCGCGGCGUGGAUCACCGGGCUGCGCCGUGCGCAGAGCCCGGACCGCUCCGGCACCCCGUUUGUGGAAUGGGAUGACGGGCACGGCGCGAUCAAGGCCAAUCCGCUGGCUGACUGGCCGGACGACCAAGUGUGGGACUACCUGCGCGCCCACCGCGUGCCCUACAACGUGCUGCACGACCGCGGCUUCGUGAGCAUCGGCUGCGCUCCCUGCACGCGCGCCAUCGCGCCGGGCGAGGACCCGCGCGCCGGGCGCUGGUGGUGGGAGCAGGACACGGCCAAGGAGUGCGGGCUGCACGUGUCCGCAAAUGUCGUAUGA